CCUUUACUUGCUACUAUAUCCUCAUCUUUGUAUAUAUCUUUGUGUGAGUACAGUACGUGAACACGAGUGCGAAGAUGAGGAGAGCUAAUUACAAGCCCAUUUUUGCCUCUUUUUUGCUCUCAGUGGUUACGAUCCAAUGCAUGCUUCAAUCUUCGGCAUCCCUGAGUGUCGGCUACUACAAGUCGAAAUGCCCGAACGCCGAAGGCAUCGUUGCAGACGCUGUGCGCAGCGCCAUCACCGGCUCCGGCGACCGCGGCAUUGGCGCAGGCCUCAUCAGGCUCCACUUCCACGAUUGCUUUGUUAGGGGAUGCGACGCCUCUGUGCUUCUCGACGGACCGAACACGGAGAAAACGGCGCCGCCGAACCUCAGCCUGCGAGGGUUCGAAGUGAUCGACACGGCCAAGUCCCAGCUCGAGUCCGCAUGCCCCGGGAAAGUCUCCUGCGCCGACAUCUUGGCCUUCGCGGCCCGCGACUUGGUGGUCCUGCUGGGCGGCGUCAACUACAGCGUCCCCUCGGGGCGCCUCGACGGCAGCACCUCCAGCUCGUCCGAGGCCAUGCAGUUCCUGCCCCCGCCCUUCGGCGACGUCUCGCAGAUCCAGAGCAUGUUCGCGGUCAAAGGGCUGACCCUGGACGACAUGGUCAUCCUCUCCGGGGCCCACGCGGUCGGCCGGUCGCACUGCUCCUCCUUCUCGAACCGCCUCUACUCCUGGAACUCCCCCGACGGCGUCGACCCGUCCAUGGACAAGAACUUCGCUGCCUACUUGAAGACCAAGUGCCCGAAGAACGGCGGCGGGGACCCGGUGGUCGACAUGAACGUCGUCACGCCCAACAAAUUCAACACGAGGUACUACAAGCUGGUGAAGGCGCACAAGGUGCUUUUCACUUCGGACCAGACGUUGCUGAACAACGCGCAGGCGGCGGCGCUGGUGAACCAAAGCUCUAACCAGCCGUACACGUGGCCGAGGAGCUUCAACAAGGCGAUGCUGAAGAUGGGCGCCAUCGAGAUACUCACCAGCGCCAACGGCGGCCGGAUCAGGAAGAAUUGUAGGGUGGCGAACUGAUCGACAAUCAAUUUGCUUGCGUGCAUGCGUGUGCGAGAUUCAAAAUUUGUUUUUUUGCGUCUAUUUCGUUCCAGUUUCAAAAUUAUUUUAGUUGGAUUUGCUUCAUUCGGCGGCUUUUCAUGCAAUCGAGGGUUGGUGUAACCACAAAAAACUUCGCAUUUAUCUUGUUUUGUUUUGUUUUGUUUUUUGUUUUUUUUUUUUGAGAAGUUUGUUUAAUUAAUUUAUUUGUAGUAAUCAUUCGCUUCUUUCCGAUUAUGAAAGGAAUCGAGUGUUUAUGCUGUACCCGUUGAUUAUGUUAAUCAAGUUCCUUUUUGGUUUUCUUGUUCCCUGAUUAAA